AUGAACGACAACAGUAAAAUUCUUAGUAUUUAUUUUCAAAUAAAUCAAUACUUCAUGUCUUGUUGUGGAAUCUGGCCUUAUCAAUCAAAAAAAUCAGCCAGAUUAAUUCGUAUAUUUUGGAGUUUCAUGCAUAUUAGUGUUUUACAAAUCGAGAAUAUAAUUUUAAGUAUAAUAUUUAGCAAUUCAAUUCAUCAUCAAACAAAGAUAAAGUAUCUUCUAGAAAAAAUAUGUAUUAAUUGGAAAAGUUUAUCUGAUAAAAAAGAACAAGAAAUUUUAUUUCGUUAUUCUGAAAUUGGAAAAAUAAUAUCUCGGAUAUGCAUUGGUACCACUAUUGGUUCAUUAUUUUUUAUUAUUGUACCUCCUAUGGUAUUAUUCAUUCAAGAUGAACUUCAAUAUUAUAAAGGAACAAGAACAGAAUUAAACUUAUUCAUUCAGUAUCCUAUUGAAAAUAAUGAGUAUUUUUACUUGUUUUUAAUACACGCCUUGACAUCAGGUAUACUUGGUAUUUUUCCUCUUCUUUCACUCGACUCAUUUACAGUAAAUUAUGUUCAGCACGUCUGUGGAAUGUUUGCAAUACUAGGUUUAGUGGAUGAAUUUAAUGAUAUUGUUGGUACUUCAUUUGCUAUAAUAAUAUUAAUUUUAAUAUUCCUUACUUGCACAAGCAGUAUUGCGAUUUUCAUUCUAUGGGAAAAUGCAAAGGAAGUAAUGCGGUAUUUGCUAUUUACAUUUUUGGAAUUAUUACAUAUGUUCUGCUUCGCUUUUCUCAGUCAAGAUCUAAUGAAUCACAAUAAUAAAAUAUACAAAUGCAUAUUCAAUUCUGGAUGGUAUAAGUCUUCAGCAAAAACUGGAGGACUUAUAAAAAUGAUGUUUUUACGAUGUUCAAGACCGUGUUUAAUACAAUGUAUGACUUAUCCACUAACCUUAGAGAAUUUUUUAUCAGUGCUGAGACAUACAUUUUCAUACUUUAUGGUUGUUAGAUCGCGUAUGCUACAAAAAGCAUAA